CUGUGCGCAGGCCGGGGGCGGGGCUGCGCGGUCCCGGAUUGCGGUGCCACGGCCGCUCCCGCUCGGCGGAGGGCACGGAUUUGUCAGGUAGAGGCUGCGACAGGCGCGGAUCUCGUACGUGGUGGCACUGUGAAAUAAGAAUCAAGCUCUACAAUGACAACCUAUUUGGAAUUCAUCCAACAAAAUGAAGAACGAGAUGGAGUCCGAUUUAGUUGGAACGUCUGGCCAUCAAGUCGAUUGGAAGCUACAAGAAUGGUCGUUCCAGUAGCAGCCUUAUUUACACCACUGAGGGAGAGACCAGAUCUGCCGCCCAUUCAAUAUGAACCUGUUCUCUGUAGUAGGACCACUUGCCGUGCAGUUUUGAAUCCUUUAUGUCAAGUGGAUUAUCGAGCGAAACUCUGGGCUUGCAACUUUUGUUAUCAGAGGAAUCAGUUUCCACCAACUUACGCUGGUAUAUCUGAACUGAAUCAACCUGCUGAACUUUUACCUCAGUUUUCUAGCAUUGAAUAUGUAGUUCUGCGUGGUCCUCAGAUGCCUUUGAUAUUCCUCUAUGUGGUUGAUACUUGCAUGGAAGAUGAAGAUUUACAAGCCCUUAAAGAAUCUAUGCAGAUGUCACUAAGCCUUUUACCACCUACAGCUUUGGUUGGCUUAAUUACUUUUGGGAGAAUGGUGCAGGUUCAUGAACUUGGAUGUGAGGGCAUUUCAAAAAGCUAUGUCUUCAGAGGAACAAAAGAUCUGUCUGCCAAACAACUGCAGGAAAUGCUGGGGCUCUCUAAAGUACCAGUUACUCAAGCAACACGUGGUCCUCAGGUACAGCAGCCACCUCCUUCCAAUAGAUUCUUACAGCCAGUACAGAAGAUAGACAUGAAUCUCACAGACCUUCUGGGAGAACUUCAGCGGGACCCCUGGCCUGUACCACAGGGAAAGAGACCUUUGCGCUCCUCUGGGGUGGCGCUUUCCAUAGCUGUAGGACUCCUUGAGUGUACUUUUCCGAACACUGGUGCUCGUAUCAUGAUGUUCAUUGGUGGUCCAGCCACUCAGGGGCCUGGAAUGGUGGUUGGAGAUGAAUUGAAGACACCCAUAAGAUCAUGGCAUGACAUUGAAAAAGACAAUGCCAAAUAUGUCAAAAAGGGAACUAAGCAUUUUGAAGCAUUGGCUAAUCGUGCUGCUGCCACUGGUCAUGUUAUUGAUGUCUAUGCAUGUGCAUUAGAUCAGACAGGUCUCCUGGAGAUGAAAUGCUGUCCUAACCUUACCGGAGGAUACAUGGUAAUGGGCGACUCUUUCAACACUUCUUUAUUCAAGCAGACCUUUCAAAGAGUCUUUACCAAAGAUAUGCAUGGGCAGUUUAAGAUGGGCUUUGGUGGUACAUUAGAAAUAAAGACCUCAAGGGAAAUAAAGAUUUCAGGAGCUAUUGGACCCUGUGUGUCUCUCAAUUCUAAAGGACCCUGUGUGUCUGAAAAUGAGAUAGGAACAGGUGGCACUUGUCAGUGGAAGAUAUGUGGACUCAGUCCCACUACAACCUUAGCCAUAUAUUUUGAAGUUGUCAAUCAGCAUAAUGCUCCAAUUCCUCAAGGAGGGCGUGGUGCAAUCCAGUUUGUGACUCAGUAUCAGCAUUCAAGUGGGCAGAGACGUAUACGAGUGACCACCAUUGCUAGGAACUUGUGUUUCUUCCAGUCCAGCGUUUCUCAUGAUGUAUUCUGCAUCUGGGCAGAUGCUCAAACUCAGAUCCAAAACAUUGCUGCAUCUUUUGACCAGGAGGCAGCUGCCAUUCUUAUGGCUCGGCUGGCGAUUUAUAGAGCUGAAACUGAAGAAGGUCCAGAUGUGCUUAGAUGGCUAGACAGACAGCUCAUUAGACUGUGUCAGAAGUUUGGCGAGUAUCACAAAGAUGAUCCAAGUUCCUUCAGAUUUUCAGAAACUUUCUCCCUUUAUCCACAGUUUAUGUUUCAUUUAAGAAGAUCUCCUUUCUUGCAAGUUUUCAACAAUAGUCCUGAUGAGAGUUCAUAUUAUCGUCACCACUUUAUGCGUCAAGACUUGACCCAGUCUCUCAUCAUGAUUCAGCCUAUUCUGUAUGCUUAUUCUUUUAGUGGACCACCAGAGCCGGUUCUUCUUGAUAGCAGCAGCAUUCUUGCAGAUCGUAUUCUCCUCAUGGACACAUUUUUCCAGAUUUUGAUUUAUCAUGGUGAGACCAUAGCUCAGUGGCGCAAGUCAGGAUACCAGGACAUGCCAGAAUAUGAAAAUUUCCGCCACCUUCUGCAAGCCCCAGUGGAUGAUGCCCAGGAAAUCCUUCACUCCAGGUUUCCAAUGCCGAGAUACAUUGACACUGAACAUGGUGGAAGUCAGGCUCGUUUCCUGCUUUCAAAAGUUAACCCCUCACAGACUCAUAAUAAUAUGUAUGCCUGGGGACAGGAGUCUGGAGCACCGAUUCUCACAGAUGAUGUUAGUUUGCAAGUGUUUAUGGAUCACUUGAAAAAACUUGCUGUGUCAAGUGCUGCUUGAUGUGCUGACCUUAUUAAGAUUGAGAGAAUGAAAUAGUAUUUGUUUCUUUUUUUCUCUUCUUUUCACUUACUCUGGAAAUCAACAGAGAUCUCUGUAGACUCUUUUUGUAUUAGUAUGGUUUGAGACAGCAUUUGGAAAAAUGUUCAUGUUUGUAGAUUAAGCUAGAGUAUAAGAGCAAUACGAACAAAUUUGUUUUCCUUACCACAGUAUUAUAACUGGUUUUAGAAAUUUGAGGUCUUUAUAACUUCAGUUCAGUUCAGUUCAGUCGCUCAGUCAUGUCCGACUCUUUGCGACCCCAUGAAUCGCAGCACGCCAGGCCUCCCUGUCCAUCACCAGCUCCCAGAGUUCACUCAAACUCAUGUCCAUCUAGUCGGUGAUGCUUUAUAACUUAAUUAUGUUAAAAAGUAAAAAUAGAGUCUGCCUUGCACUGCAGGAAUAUAACUCAUUUGUAUGUUGCAGACAAAUUCAAAGUGGCACUGAAUGUUCCUGACUUUUUGAAAACUUGUUUCUUAAUUUUAAUCAGAAAGUAAACAAAAUCAACAGUAAUGAUAAAUGUGAACAAUUUAACCUAUUCAUUGAAUAUUUUUCCAUGAUAUUCAGCACUUAUGUAUACACUUCUUCUGUACCUACUCUGUUAAGGCAGAUUUAUUUUUAUGAUGACUUGUUUAGGAAUUAUUUGACUUUAUAUAUGGUAAUUUUCAUGAAGAUAAUUUAAUGUUUUUGGUCAUUUGAAAAAAAUAGUUUAGAGAUGAAAGUUUUUUUGGGUGAUAAUUCCCAUAAUUGAUAACAUGUGAAAUUCCCACAAAGGACCCAACUGUGUGAUUAAACAUAUUUUUUUUAAUAAGGGGAAAUAGAAAAGAAAUAGUUUCAUCACAGUACAUUUUAGAAAGGCUUUGCGGUAAAAAGACUAUUGUAACUUCUAAACCAAAUUUAAUAUUCACUGCAUGCUUUUGUUAUUUCCUUUUGUUUUUCUGAGGUAAGUUUUAUAUUAUAUCCUUCAGUAUUUUAAACUCU